UGCAAAUUGUCAAAAUCUGCCGUGUGUUGUGCUGUUGUGUACUGUGUGUGAUUAUGUUAUUAAAAAUCCUUAGCAUCUACGAUGCAUAAUUUGUACGAGACAUCUUAUCGUUUCUUGUUAUGAAAACAAAUUUUUAUUGUUAUUUUCUAAUGGAGAAUUUAGUACUAAAUACUUAAAUAAAAGGAGUAAAUACCCUUGCUGAUUACUUUGCCUUAAUCGUUAAAAAUGUCGAAGAAUGGCGAAGUGUCGUCAAAUCAAGGUCCAAGUAGGCCAAGUAUGCCGAAACCUGACCUGAGCCUAUUUGGUACAGAAAAACGAAAAAUUUUAAAUCUUCAGAUCGGUGGGCCAUCAAGUGAUACUGCUGCAUUUAUGCCUUUUUCUUCUAAUACGUCGAUUCAAAAAUCACGUAUACCAUCACGAACAAUUAGAGAUGUCUUACCAGAAAAUACAAGAGAUAGAUGUAGGAUUUAUCCAUCGAUGCAAUCAUCAGGAAAAUUACAAUUAUCUGCUACUGACAUAUAUGACUUUACAUCAGAUGAUUUGCAAGAUCUUGGAGAGAUAGGUAGAGGGGCAUUCGGAGCAGUCAAUAAAAUGGUACAUAGAAAGACCAAUAAAGUAAUGGCUGUUAAACGCAUUCGUUCAACUGUGGAUGAAAAGGAACAGAAACAAUUACUAAUGGAUCUGGAAGUAGUCAUGAAGAGUAAUGAGUGUCUUUAUAUUGUACAGUUUUAUGGAGCACUGUUUAAAGAGGGUGAUUGUUGGAUUUGCAUGGAGUUAAUGGAUACCUCAUUAGACAAAUUUUAUAAAUUCAUUUGUGAAAGGAUGCAAACACGGAUACCUGAAAACAUAAUGUCUAAAAUAACUUUAGCAACUGUGAAAGCUUUAAAUUAUUUGAAGGAAAAAUUAAAAAUAAUUCAUAGGGAUGUCAAGCCUUCAAAUAUAUUAUUGGACAGAAGAGGCAAUAUAAAGCUUUGUGACUUUGGUAUAUCUGGUAAGCUUGUUGAUUCAAUAGCACGAACACGAGAUGCAGGAUGUAGACCUUAUAUGGCACCUGAGAGAAUUGAUCCCGGACGUGCCAGAGGUUAUGAUGUUAGAUCAGAUGUCUGGUCUCUUGGUAUUACCUUGAUGGAGGUGGCAACAGGCUCAUUCCCAUAUCCUAGAUGGGGAUCAGUUUUUGAACAAUUACAACAAGUUGUUCAAGGAGACCCACCUCGUCUCACUAACAAAAAUAACAUAUUUUCAAACAAUUUUGUCAACUUUGUUAAUACUUGCCUCAUUAAAGAAGAAACACAGAGACCAAAAUACAAUAGAUUAUUAGAGCAUCCAUUUAUUAAAGGUAUUGAUCAGAGCCGAGUAGAUGUUGCUGCAUAUGUAUGUGAAAUUCUGGAUGCUAUGGAACGUAAUGGUGUCAGUCCUUUUACUACAGACCAACCAGCUCAGGCAUGGAUAGACUAAUAUUAAGUUACACCAGUUGGAUUUAGAAGUACUUGCAAGUGUAACUUAUCAACACCUGGUUUUAUGCACUUUCCAAUUUCAAUCAUCACAUUCAUUACCCACAAUUGUUUCUUUUUUAAUGAAAACUUUUUCAAAUUAGCUUGCCUAAUAAAUGGUGUAUAAACCAUUAUGAUAGAUGCGAAGUUCAAAUUAUUGUAUUGUAUAUUUUAUAUAAUUUUAAUAAUAGUUUAUAAAUACUAUUAGGAAAAGUAGAAAAAUUCUCAUAUAGUAUCUGUCUGAUAACUUAAUUGCACUUAUAUAAAAUAUUUCAUGUUUAAAGUUUACAAUAUAGUUGUAUGGUCUUACAUUAAAAAUUCUGGGUUCCCAUUUUAUAGUGUUUUUUAUUGUUCAUAUGUAUUGUUUAUUGAUCAUAUAUAUAUUUUUUUAACAAGGUGUAUGUUUAUUGUACAGUCAUUAUCGUGAUGUAAUUUUGUUUGACUCCAAAGAUAUAAAAUCUGUUAUUUAUUUUACAGCACAAUGCAAACAAUGUAUAUUUGUGAAAAAAAAAGUUAAAAAAUUACAUACUAUUUUGCAGUUUAAAAUAUAUGAUAUUUAAUAAUAAUAAAAAAUUAAAAGUAAAUUGCUUACAAGGGGACCUAGCAUUGUUUUGUGACUGGAAAUUAUUUUUAGAUUGUGUUUGUGAAUUGCUUGUAGCUAAUAAACAAGAU